AAGGAGUGUUGGCCACCGUCAACCACUCUGAACCAGACUGCGCCGGUUACUCGCCGUGGUCUCGGGUGCAGGGGGCCCACUUCUCCCGACUUCCCUCGCUCCGUGAGAUGCCAUGUCUCGGUGCCCCCACGCGCGCGCAAAACAAGCCGACGACCCGAACCGCCAACCCAACCACCCCUCCCCGCGCCCAAUCAACGGCGAAAGGUAACAGCUCACGCUUCCGCCUCCCCACUCCUUUGUCUUUCUGUCGACAGGCGACGCAACCGAGGCUCUCAAGGCGUCCACCCACCACCCAUCGUCCCAACUCUGCCCCUCGCUCCCCCGCGCCGUUGACGCCCUCUUCCGCCAGCCUCCGUGAUACGCGGGGGCAAUUACGUAAUCUCUGACGGCACCGCAUGUCCCCGGUGCGCCUCGUCCUUAUCCCAUCGUCGCAACCGAAAGCAAAUUUUACUCCCCAUCAUCGCCCCCCUCCCGCCCCUCGAUGAUUCCCCCCGUCAACCCACCCGCCCGUCCCCCAAAACCAACGGCGGUGAUGCCCCGUCGCCUCGAUGGACCCCGCUCCCCGUCCUCCACUGACGCCGUCCCAUCACAUGCCCCCACCCUACCCGCGCGAACGUCGGCGCACGCGUCCGCCCGGCGACUCCCAACCCUCCCUCGCACGCCCCUCACGUGCCACGCCUCGCCUCGCCAGCCGGCGCCCCCUCCUCGCCGCUCUCUCUCCCCCUCUCAACCCCACUCUUUUAUUGCUCCUCUCUUCCCCCUCCUCCCUUUCCGUCGCCAACACGCCAAGGGAGGGGGAGACGAAUUAGAGAGAGAAUAGGUUUGGAUCUGAGAUAGAUCUGAGUAUUUGGUGGUGAUGGAGGGUAGGGAGACGCCUCCGACGCGGCCGCCGAACCCGGCGCUGCCGUACCGGGAGGACUGCUGGAGCGAGGGGGAGACGUCGACGCUGGUGGACGCGUGGGGUGACCGCUACCUCGAGCUCAAACGCGGGAACCUCCGGCAGAAACACUGGCAGGAGGUCGCCGACGCGGUCAACUGCCGCCGGGGUGCCUUCGGCCGCCGCCCGCCCCGCACCGACGUCCAGUGCAAGAACCGCAUCGACACCCUCAAGAAGAAGUACAAAAUCGAGAAGGCCCGGGUCACCUCCGCCUUUGCCAGCCAGUGGCAGUUCUUCUCCCGCCUCGAUGCCCUCAUUGGAUCGGCCGCCGCUCCCCCGGCGAAGAAGCCCUCUCCAUCACCCCCGCUCGCCGUGCCGCUCCCCUACCAUCGCAAGGGCUCCACCUUGCCAUUUGCUGCCGCCGCAGCAGUCCGACCGGUGGACCCGAGGGAGAGGCGCGGUGCGGCAAUCUCCAUCUCCGUGGACGACUCGAUCUUCCAGCGGGCUGCCGCCGCCGCUGCAGCGGCAGGGGAUGACAACGACGAGGAGGAUGAUUUGGAGUCGCCGUCAGGUUCUUCGUCCAGGUCUGGAGGUGGAUUGCGAAUGGCUCGGGGGAAAGAGGGGGAUGGGAUCCGUGAGCUGGCGAAGGCGAUAGAGAGGUUUGCUGAGAUAUACGAGAGGGUCGAGGGGGCGAAGCAGCGGCAAAUGAUGGAGAUGGAGAAGAAGCGGAUGGAGUUCGCCAAGGAGCUGGAGUUCCAGCGGAUGCAGAUCUUUGUGGAUUCACAGGUCCAGCUUGCAAAGAUUAAGCGUGCCAAGCGAUCAGAUGCUGGGUUGGGUCUGACUAUGUACCAAUCUUGGUCUUGUACUUGAUUCUUCUUUCGUCCCUUGAUAACUGGAGCAGCACCUACACAAGCGCUGAUGCAAUCAUAAUUGAAUCGCCCUUGUUCAAACUCUGUGCUGGUUUAUGUUUUGUUCAAGUUGUAUCAGUGAUAGGUUUGGCUGAUAUUAAGUUUAGAUGAGCCCCCCUCACCCCCCCUCCUCCAGUUGACUUG